AUGGCAAGCUUGAGAAAGAUCGAACCUGCAUCAUCUGCCGCAGUGGAGGAACCAUCCACUGAAUUAACUCUGGGGAUAGGCUCUUCGUUUCGAUCAACGACGACUGAUAGUGAUCAUCGUGGGAAGAAAAUCUCCAUGAAUCCUGCCAAAGAACACCGCCAGGUUGACAUGAUUGUGCAGGACCUGACUCUCGACGAUGAUCUCCCGGACAAGAAGAAAUCCACUGAACGUGGCGAGGGCUCAGGCACUCAUCAUGGUGAAGGCCAAGCGAUUCCCUUGGCCUCAAGCCCUAGACGACUUCAACAAGAAGUCAUGGAGCGCAGGAGGAUCAACCGACUUUCUGCAAUGAGAUCCAGAGCGAGGAAGAAUGAGUAUGUGGCUGAGCUGGAGAGACAAGCGAAACAUUUGGAGAAUAAGAUAGCCAUUCUUCAUCCACAAGUUGUGGCUUACGAACACCAGCGUCGCUUAUUGCUGGUUGAGCAUCACGAGGUGAAAUAUCGAAUGGCUUUGCUUGAAAAAGAGAGGCUUCUCAAAGAAGUUGAAGCGGAGAAAAUGCAAGAAGAAAUAUUGAGGCUGUUAGAAUUUCAAAGGCAUCAACAACAAAUCCGAGCUGAAGCGAUGCGUAGUUGGGGUGCUGACAUGACGCUAAUGUGCCCAAGCCCUGCGGGUGCCUCCGAACCAGUGAUGGACUCAAGUUCGUCAGUAGAAGUGAAAGACAUAGGAAAGAUUGGUUUCACUGUUCUUAUCUCUAAUGGUUUGAAAAGCCUCCCACUUGAAGAAGCUAAAAUUGUUGGACCAUCAAACAUGGAGGUUGAUACAGCCAACAGUGACAUAAACAAGGGCAAAGGGAAGGCGAGGGCUUAA